UUCGUACAACUGGUGGCGGCGCGCACAUUUCGUAGCUCGAGCAGAGGCUGGUGCUGCUCUGCUCCGCUCCGCGAGCCAGCACGAUGUGAAUAUAAUAAGUAUAUAACAUUGGCGCAAACCACAAAACGCGUGUGCCUGUGCCGUGUGCCAUAAUAUUACGACGUAUAUCGCGGGCCGAGGCUGCCGCUGCUGCUCUCGCGAAACCGAAAAGUCAGCAGUACAGGCAGAGCAGCGAAAAAAAAAAGAAGAAGAAGAAGAAGAGAGCGGCUGCCGCACAGCCGUGUGUGCUGCGUGCCGAGCGCGCAAAAGCUGGCUAGCAGCGGUGGGCUGGUUGUUGGCACUGCUGCGGGACGCGAACGAGGCAGGCAGGCAGGCAGGCAGCCGCAGCGGCACACGGACUCCACGACGACGGCCGCGAAACGGCAGCAGUCUUCUGUCGGCCGGUUAGCCGUGUAGUUCUCGGCAUUUAUAUGCGCGCGCGAGCGACCCGCACGUUAACAGUACAUAGUUACGUUUAUGUAUCAUAUAUAUCUGGUGUUGUUAUUUAUUCGCCCCGUGCAAAUCGUGCGAAUUAACCCGGCCCCCUGGCAGUUUGUGUUUUUGUACCAACACGUAUCUAUACGAUAAUAGAGGUGUCGAAGAGAGAAAGCGCGAGUGAUCCAUUGUGCGCCCACCCUUCGCGGGUCAUACGAUAGAGAGCGAAGAUUCGGCCAUGCGACCAAGAUAACAAAAACAACAGCAGUGAAAACGACGCUAUCGUCCCAAUAGUAUAUAGUAGUCAUUUACAAGAAGAACCGGAAAACGAUGUAUGUAGAGAGGCCUGGCAGAGUCUCGUAGAGACUUCGUCAUCGCGCGCAGUCGUCGACUCUCUCGCUCUCUCUCUCUCUCUCUCUCUCCUCUAGCUGCCGCUUCCCCCGAGCAUACAUAUAUACGCUACGGUAGAGUACAACCACGCGAGCGGACACACACACACAUACGUAUACACGCGUACGUAUUAUACCGCUGUGCCGUGCCGAGAGCUGUGUCGUAUACGAGACGCCGAGGCGAAGAAGGCAAGCGAGCGAAGCAAGCAAGAAGGCAGGCAGGCAGGCAGGCAGGAGCAGUAGUGUGGAGAAACAUGUACCGCAGUGGCACGACGGCAUCGAGUAGCAGUCGCCAUCAUCGCCUUCUUCCGCGCCGCUCAUGCCGCUGGCUGAGCAGCCGUAGCCGUAGCCGUAGCAGCAGUAGAAAUCCGACACCGCCGUUCUGCUUCGCCAUAUAGCACACGAGCACCGAGAGAUAAUAAUAAUAAUACGGUGGAUCAAAAAAGCUUAGGAUCAUCGCGAUCGGAGUUUACCGGUUAUUACGAAGAAUACAAGAGAGAUAGAUGAAAGUGAAAUCUAUUGUGCUUAUUGUGCAUGUGUCAAUGGUCUUGAGUGUCUGAUCGGUCAUUUGCAUUUUAUGACAGAUGAACCGCCCCGUCGAGUGAAUCGAGGAAGUCAGCGUGUACUUGGCCAGGCCGACGACUGGGUCGGGGUCCACACCUUUACGGACCAUCUCGAUAUAAAACCCCGCAGCAUCCGUGCAGCGAGCUCAGAAAGCCUGAGCCAGCCAAGAGCAUCAGUUGUUCGUAGCUCGCUCGUCUGUGCACAACUCCGUCCCGGUGCUUAGAGUUACAGUAUAAUAUUUUUUUUUCUUCUCUCUUAUUAAUAAUAAAAAAAGACAAUCUACGGCUGCCUAAGAGCCGUAAAAGCAAUAUCAACAACCACAACAAAAGUGUGUACACAGUAACCGCGUGCGCGUGUCAAAAUUCAAAGAGUGCGAGCACGUGUGCGAGCCUCCCACUCGCGCGCGAUCCGCUGAUCGUUCAGCAAACGCAACUUUUAAUACUUUUAUCAUAAAGUUUAUUUAAAAAAAAACACGCACACGCGCAAAGAUGUCAAGCAGCAAGGAUACAGACCUGCAAAAUGUCCAGCUGGACAAAUACGAAGAGCUGUGUCGGCUGUGCGGCUCCGACGAGUCGGCCCGAAUCAACCUCUUCGACGCCGACGGCAUCGAGAGACAGCUCGCCUCCAAGAUCAGGAUGGUGCUGAAUUAUCAGGUCGAGCCUACCGACAAUCUGCCCAAGACAAUUUGCUUUCGAUGCAUGUACUCGUUGGAGAUGUACAGCGACUUCCGCAAGAAGAGCGAGAAAUUGCUGAAUCUCUUCCAGUCGCACAGAUCACAGCAGCAGCCGCCACAAGUGCCCGCGAUCAAGACCGAGGAAGGAGAGAUCGUGGAAAACAAUCAUCAUCAUCAUCAUCAUCAUCAUCCGCAGAAGCACUCGGAGCUUCGUAACGAGCUCCUGAAGAGCAGCAACAACGAUGCCGCGUCGACCCAUCAAUACAACAAUCAUCGUGGUCAUCGCGGCAGUCGUUCGCAGUCGAACAAGCGCAGCAGAGCCGAGGACGACGCGAACGACGACGACGACGAAGACGACGACGUUGACAUGAUGGAGUCGAUGCAGUGCGAGCCCGAUGUGAUGAUGACGACGACCGAUCACGAUCGUCCAGCCCCGUCGUCUUCCGGACGCAGCGCCGUUGGCGCCUGCUCGCCGCCCAACGUCAAGUACGAGAACUCGCUCGACAUGGACAUGGACCCGGCCGAUCUCGAUCUCGAUCCCGAGGACAUGGACGAGGACGGCGGCUACGACGACGACGACGGCUACGGCGACGUCGAUCCCUCGCAGUUCCUCGAGGUGAGCGCCAGCGUCGCCGAGGAGGAGUUCAAGUUCGCCGCAGCCGCCAACAACGGCGCCGCCGCCGCCGGCAAAGCCAACUUCUACGACGGCACGACCAACAACAGCACGUCGACGCCCAACAAGCAGCACCAGAAGGUCUACGUGUGCACGGUGCCGCAGUGCGACAAGGCGUUCAGCUCCAAGGGCCACUUGUCGCUGCACUCGCGCAUCCACAACAACGGCGAGGCCGGCGGCGAGGUGCACGGCGAGGUCGUGAUGACCGACGACAACACGUCGUUCAAGCGGCCCUACAAGUGCGACCUGUGCGACAAGAGCUACUCGACGGCCAAGCAUCGCUGGGGCCACGUGUCGACGGUGCACCGGGGCGACAAGGCCGUCACCUGCGCCAUCUGCCAGCGCAUCUACUCGACCAAGAGCAAUCUCCACGAGCAUUUCAAGUCCAAGCACGAGGGUGAGAUGGUACCUGUCGCGAGCGGCAGCGGCUUCUCCAACAAUGCCGCAUCUGCGGGCAAGGAUCGACCGGACUACGUGCCCGACGAGGCCAGAUACCAGUGCGAGACGUGUCCGCGAAGCUUCGCCUCGAUGGCCGAGCUGUCACGGCACAAUCGCCGCGGCGUCUGCGCCAGUCUGCACCUCGGCAAGAUCAAGAAUCCCAAGUACAGCAAGAUACGCAAGACCCGCGACGACUCGGACGUCGGCACCGAGGAGUCCGAGAACGAGAACAACCACUACUAUCAUCAGCAAGGCGGCAGUCCCGGCGCGGCGAAAGCCGCUGCCGUCAGAGCCGCCGCCUACCAGAAGGCCGAGGAGAAGCUGGCCAACAAUUCCCAGCUGACCAUACUCAAGCAGGCGCUGACCAAGCCCAACAACGAGCGCAACAAGAGAUUCACCACCAUCGGCAAUCAUAGCAAUAACAGCAAUAGCGAGCUGGCCGUCGAUUCGAGGAGGUACUUCUGCCACUCGUGCAGCGGCAACUUCGCCACCGAGGACGAGCUGAACGAGCACGAGAAGCAGCACGACAAUCACGAGCGCCCCUACCAGUGCAUCCUGUGCACGCAGGACUUCAAGGCCAAGGCCGAGCUCAGCCAGCACAUACUCAACUUUCACGGGGUCGAUCCGCAGCCCAUCAUCGAGAGCGAUCGCUGCCUCAAGGUCAAGACGGUGCCCGCGCUCAAGAUCACCCUGCCGCCCCGCGGCUCGAUGAUCAAGCGCGAGUCCGAGAGCUGCUCCAACGAGUCCGUCGACGAAUCGGACUCGUACGCGUCCGAGUUCGAGGACGACGCGUCGUCGAUCGUGCCGCCACCGAUGCAGCCGCAUCAAGCCAACGGCGGAAACAACAGCAGCGCCGAGACGGUGCUGGCCUGCGAGCUGUGCUCGCGCGACUUCAAGGACUCGGGCUCGCUCUGGCUGCACAUACGCUCGGUGCACAAGGCCGAGUGCCCCUUCACCUGCGGCAUCUGCAUGAAGAUCUGCCACAACAACGACCAGCUGCUGCAGCACGUCGAGCAGUACCACAUGAACGGCAAGCUGCCGGCCGACCAGCAGCGACGCUAUCGCUGCCUCAUGUGCGGCAGACAGCACGACAGCAAGAAGAAGCUGCUCAAGCACAUACCGAUACACGAUAUCGACCCGACCAAGGAUUACAACGACUACGUGAUUGUGAAUCAGCAGGUGCACGACACGAGGAGGUCGAUCACGCCUCCGCAGCAGCAGUCCAUGACGAUGAUGCACAUCAAGGAGGAGCGAGACUCGACACCCGUGCCGCAGAACGGCGGCGGUUCCUCGUCCAGGGCGCAGUAUCACACGUACUUCGUGUGCGACAUUUGCGGCGUCACUUUCAGCAACAAGUGGGUCCGCUGGCAGCACAUAAGCGUCAUACACGCCGACGAGCCUUCCAUCAGGUGCUCGUUCGACACCUGCCAGAAGAUCUUCGCCACGAAGAAUCUGUGCGUCGAGCACGCGCUGCACCACGUCAACCAGGGCGUGCAUCCGAACACGUGCGAGGUCUGCGGCAAGGUCUGGAACUCGCGCAUCGACUACUGGAAGCACGCGAUGGGCGUGCACGCCGAGAUGGUGCCGCUGAUCUGCGGUGUCUGCCUCAAGGUCCACCUGAGCGUGAGUGAGCUCAGGCAGCACGUGCGCCAGCGCCACUGGCCCCUCAACCAGAGCGAGUUCAGCUGCGACAUCUGCGGCCGGCCCUACUCCAACAAGAGCAAGAUGAGCCGUCAUCGCAAGAUACACGGCAUGGUGGACGGUAGCGGUGGCGCGGCCAACAACGUCACCCCGCUGUCCAUGGAGACGAGGCGCGGUGCCGCCGGGGCCGCAGUCAAGGUCGAGCCGUUCGUCGCCGCGGAUCUCGCCUGCGCCGACUGCCGCGGCGUCCAGUUCAUGGACAUCGCCAGUUACAACGAGCAUAGGCGACAGGUGCACGAGCGCCACCCGUGCGACCUCUGUCCCAAGGAGUACGGCAGCCACUCGCAUCUGUGGAAGCACGUCGACGGCACGCACAAGGACAAUCCGGCCGUGACCUGCGUGCAAUGCGGCCAGACGAGCGCCUCCAAGGAUUUGCUCGCCGGCCAUCAGAUGAAGGCCCAUCACGGCCAGGACUCGUCGCGCCAUCAUCAGGACCUCGGUCAUCAUCAGCAGUACAAUCACCAUCAUCAUCAGUCGUCCGACACCAAGGACUGGGGCUACACGACUCUCACGGCGCCGGCCGCGACGAGCCCCGAGCAGGGCGAGCACCUCUGCAACAAGUGCAACAAGAAGUUCACGACCAAGCACUUCCUGCGACGCCAUCAGAAGGGCUGCCAGAACUAUCGCAAGGACCCGAGCUCGCUGCUGACGCGCUGCCGCGCCUGCGAGCGCAUAUUCAAGGACCGCCAGAGUCUCACCAAGCAUCUGGAGAACCAUCACACCUCGUACACGUGCCACAUCUGCAACGAGACCAUCGUCUCGAAGAUGGCCAUAAUGGCGCACAAUCGCCUCAAGCACAAGAAGCAUCCGGACGUGACCUGCCGCAUAGGCAAGUGCGACAUCGUCAUGAGGACCAAGGAGGACAUGCAGGCCCACAUCAAGGACCACGAGUCCAAGGCCAGCUUCAGCGUGUGCGAGUUCUGCGGCGACACGCUCGAGGACAAGAUGAAGCUGAAGAUGCACCGGCUCAGUCUGCACAGGCACGAGAUCGGCACCACCUGCGGCGUCUGCAUGAUACCGCUGCCGGAUCCGCACGAGCUGCGCAAGCACACGCAGGACAAUCAUCCGGAGGCGCUGCUGCAGCAGAACACGUGUCGGGUGUGCGGCAAGCACUACGCCUCGAAGUGGAAGGCAUUCGACCACACGAAAAAAUGCCACGGCAAGGCCUUCAAGACCUGCAAGCUGUGUUUGGACAUCACGCAGACGUUCGAGGAGCUCAAAGAGCACUACACGAUCGUGCACAACAUGACCAAGGAACAGCUCGAGACCUUCGAGUUUCGCCUCGAGGUGACCAAGGACGGCCCGCGAAGGGGCAGCGACGAGGAGAUGCUCGAUUACGACAAGAUGCGCUACAACGACACCCACGACGGCUACGAAACCAUGUACAACACUUACGGUGAAAUCGAGAGCGGUUACUCGCCAUCGGAGAACAAGUACGUCAACAACGUGGCCUCGCCCUCCGUCAUGGACAAUCAGCUGAAGACCGACGCGGAUCUGCCCUCGGACAUGUUCAUACCAGACUUCGGCCUCUUCGACUCGCUUCACAUGCGCUUCAGCAACGCCGGGGCCAUGGACAACUCGUCGGCAUCCAUGAACUCCUCCAUGCAGGCCAAGGUGCCCAAGACGUCGCGCAAGGUGUACGACGACACCGAGGACACCGAGUGCGUCUGCGAGGUCUGCGACAAGUCGUGGCGCGGCAAGAAGCAUCUCUGGCAGCAUCUCAUACGCUUCCAUCGCGAGAUGGCCGGCACCACCUGCGGCGUCUGCCUCAAGAUCAAGCACUCGUACGAGGAGCUGCGCGAGCACGUGAUGCAGGAGCACCCGAGCCAGUGGAGCGGCGUCGGCAACAAUUUCACCUGCAAGAUCUGCGGCCGCUACCACAACGCACGCUCCAAGCUCGAGCUGCACAUGGCCAUACACGAGGACAAGAACACCAACUAUCGCUGCUCCAAGUGCAACACGACCUAUCACACGGAGGAGAUCGCCGUCGAGCACGAGAAGACCUGCAACGGCAAGUUCAAGAGCGAGGCCGAGAUGGAGGUGAAGGUAGAAAAAGAAGCUGUCGAGCAGGAAGCGCUGAGCCAGGAAGAGGACGAGGAGGAGGAAGAGGAGGAAGAAGAAGAAGAGGAGGAGGAGGAGGAAGAGGAUGACGAACAAGAACAAGAUCCCGAUGAGCAGGAACAGCUUCUUCAUCCCGAGGUUACGCUGGGAGGAGAAGCCGAGGACGAGGACAAAGACGGAGACGAGUCGUCCUCCGAGAGCAGCACCAGUCUGUCCUCGAGCUCGUCAAACUCCAGUAGCAGCAGCAGCAGCAGCUCGCACAGUCAGAAGGCCUCGUCUGAGGAGCUGGAACCACAUCAUCCGGCGGCCUCUGUCGCCGCGCUUGAGCCCGACGACGACGGCGCCGUCAUGACCGACAGCGACGACGAGGAGGCCCCGGCCCUCUCACCGAUGCACGUCAGCGCCAGCGACGGCCGCGAGGAAGAGGAAGAAGAAGAGCAGCAGCGGGUGGCGGCGACGUACCAGAACGAAAAAUCGCAAAGCGAUCGUAGCAGCUGCUCGGCCGACGAGGCGGAGAGCAGCGUGAAACACAUGGUCGAGCCGAUCACGCCUCAGGCCGUCGAGGAAGAGGAGGAGGAUGUGGAAGAAGAGUCAGGGAACGAAGGAGAAGAUGAAUUGGGUGAGGAUAACGAACAAGAAAGCGACAAUGAAGUCGGUGAAGAAAGUGACGAUGAGGCGGAGCCGGCCGCGCCGGUGACCGAGGAACACGAAGACGACGAUGAAGAUGUCGAAGAUCAGGUCGACGACGACGACGACGAAGAAGAUCACGUCGACGGUGCCACUGCUGCUGAGGAGGAAGAGGAGCAGCAGCAGCAGCAACAGAUCGAGGAGGAGGGCGAGGUGCUGGAGGUCGACGAGCACGACAUCAACAAUCUCAACGGCACCGUGCUCAUGCUGACCAACGAUGCGGACGGCAAUCAGAUCCUGAUCGAGCGCAACAUGGCCGACCUCGAGAACGACGACUCGUGCCACGACGUCGCUCAGUACGUCUUCCAGGACGGCACGAGCUUCGCCCUCGAGGAUUUCGCCGCUGUGGUCGAGGACGACGUAGUCGCGAAUCAACAGCAACAGCAGCAGCAGCAUCAAGCCGAGGAGCACGACGAGACCGACGAGAAGCAGUCGCAAGGCGUCGAAGACGAUGACGACGACGCCAACGACGACGACGACGACGACGAAGAUACCGAAGAGCGUGCCAAACAGUGA